CGCAGAUCAUGGCAGGCAGCCGGCUGGAAACCGUAGGGAGCGUCUUCUCGCGGACUCGGAACCUGAUUCGGGCCGGGGUGCUGAAGGAGAAACCUCUGUGGUUGGACAUAUAUAACGCCUUUCCCCCGCUGAGGGAGCCCGUCUUCCAAAGACCCCGAUUGCGAUAUGGCAAAGCCAAAGCUUCCAUCCAGGACAUCUGGUACCACGAGGAUCAGAUUAGAGCGAAGUUUUAUUCAGUGUAUGGGUCUGGUCAAAGAGCUUUUGAUCUGUUCAAUCCAAACUACAAGUCUACCUGUCAACGGUUUGUGGAGAAGUACACUGAGCUGCAGAAACUUGGAGAAACAGAUGAAGAGAAGUUAUUUGUGGAAACAGGGAAGGCUUUAUUGGCAGAAGGUGUCAUUUUAAGACGAGUUGGCGAAGCAAGGACUCAACAUGAAGGUAGUCACGAUUCCUGGAAAUCCGAACACUUGAGUGUCAGACCACAGACUGCGGUGGAAGAGAACGAGACUCAGAAAGAAGUUCCACAGGACCAGCAUUUGGAGGCACCUGCAGACCAGUUGAAAGGUCUCUCGCCUCCCUGAAGGACCUGUAUACUGUGUAUGCUGGCAUUCACGCUACUCACUGGCUGAAUGUUGAGCUAUUUUUAAACAGUUGAACUGUGUAAAUGUUUCUUUGAUCUCUGAGGUAUUAUGUUUGCCUUCUCUUAGUUAUUUCUGGGUUGUCAUAAAGCUCGGUAUCAUAGUUUGACAGAAGCAGUUAUGCGAAC